AUGGGAUCAUCUGCAGAAAUACCCAGAGCACCAGAAAACGUUUUAUUUAUUGAAGAUAUGACUGAUAAACAAUUGGCUGAAACACUCAAAUUACCAUCUGGAUUAACAAAUCUUGGUAACACUUGUUAUAUGAAUGCUACUUUACAAUGUCUUCGUUCUAUGCCAGAAUUGCAUCAAUCUCUUAAUAGAUUUACUGGCGGAAUCAAUACGGGAUAUCCAGCGAAAAAUUUAACUGCCUCUUUACGUGAUCUUUUCCAACAAUUAAAUCAAACCACUGAAGGAUAUUCACCUUACGUCUUUUUGCAGAUGCUUAGAACAGCUUUUCCACAAUUCGCGCAACAAAAUAAUAAUGGAUUUAUGCAACAAGAUGCUGAAGAAUCUCCUGAAGAAGAACCUGUUAUUACCAAGGAUGUUUUUACGAAGUUAAACUGUUUUAUUUCAGAAAGAAGAUCGGUUAAUUAUUCAAAAUAUACACGUAUCAGUCGUUUACCUGAAUAUCUCACUGUUCAAUUUGUACGAUUCUUUUGGAAAUCUCUUAUACGUAAAAAGGUUAAAGUUCUACGUAGAGUUAAAUUUCCUUUAGAUUUUGAUUUAACGGAUAUUUGUACUGAUGAAUUAAAAAAGAAGCUUCUUCCAGUAAGAGAUCGUUUGGUUGAACUUGAAAAGGAAAAAUUGGAAGCAAAAGAAAUUGGUUAUGAUUCUAAAAUUGAAGAAAUCAAAAAAUUGGUUGACCCAGAAUUAGCAGCAGAUUUUGGUGCAAAUACGACAGGAUUAUAUGAAUUAUGCGCUGUCUUAACUCAUACUGGACGAUAUGUUGAUUCCGGUCAUUAUAUUGGUUGGGUUCGCAAAGAUGAUUCUCCUGACGAUUGGAUCAAAUAUGAUGACGACAAAGUUUCAAUUGUAAAAAGUGAAGAGAUUUUAAAACUUGAUGGUGGUGGUACGUAA